GCCAACGAACACACUGUUGGUGUCGACUGUCUCGCGCAAGUUACAAAAUUCGGUGAGGUCCACCAAGGGCAAUAGCAUCAUCCCUCAGGACAAUCUAUCAUCUUCUCUUGCACUCUUCCUCGAUUGCUGUUCUUUCCAGAAGAUUGAAUUUCACAGUUCGAAGCAGCAGCCACCACCAAAAUCUCCCCCUCCCCCUCCUUCACUAUGGUCCGCAAGCUGCAGGUCGGCGUGUCCGGUCUUGGACGAAUGGGCGCCCGACACGCUCUGCACUUUCUCGAACGCACACCUCGAGCAGACCUCGUGGCUGCCUUUGACCCGGAUGAGAAAGCACUCGCAUGGGCGAAGGAGCGACUCGCACCCUUCGGUACUAAGCUCUACAACGACUAUGAGGAGUUCUUGAAGCACCCAGGCCUGGAAGCCGUCGUGGUAGCGGGCAUCACCACACAACAUGCCGCGCAGGCGGUGCGUGCCAUUGAGGCCGACAAGCAUGUGCUGUGCGAGAAACCGCUGUCAACGAGCAUCGAGGUCUGCGAGAAUGUCUUGAAAGCCGCUCAGGCCAAGCCUCAUUUGACUGUCAUGUGCGGUUUCUCGCGCCGCUUCGAUGCCAGCUACCGAGAUGCUGCUCGCCGUGUGCAGAAUGGAGACAUUGGCCGGCCGUCCAUACUCCGAUCGCAGACAUGCGACAAGCAUCGCGACGACGACUACUUCGUACAGUAUGCCAAGUUCAGCGGCGGAAUCUUCGUCGACGCCAACAUCCACGACAUCGACCUUGCCCUUUGGUACUUCGGCCAGGACAGCGUAGUGAAGAGCGUCACCGCCGCUGGCAUCAACGCACGCCUCACCGAGCUGGAGAAGUACCAAGAUGUCGACAACGGCAUCGGUAUCGUCGAGUUCUACGGCGGCAAGAUUGCCUACUUCUACGCCUCACGCAUGAUGGCUGCAGGACAGGAGGACACCACCGAGAUUAUUGGCACACACGGCAAAAUUGUCGUCAAUGGCAAUCCUCAGCAAAACCUAGUCUCUCUGCACGAGAGUACGGGUAUCCGCAAGGACGUUCCCCAGACCUACUACGACCGCUUCGAACACGCCUUCGUCACCGAAUCGAACGAGUUCACAGAAUGCGUUCUGGACGGCACGAAGCCACCAUUCGAGCUGGCAGGUGCCGUUGCUGCUGUGAAGAUUGCUAGCGCGUUGCAAAAGAGCUUGGUCACUGGAAAGAAGAUUGAAUACAGCGAAUCUGGCGAGGAGAUUGUCUCAGAGAAGGCACGUCUCUAGGUGCUAAUGCGUUUGCUGAUGCGCGAGUAUUGGAUAUACAACAUUGCAUGGGGUCAGAGCACAGGUACCAUCAGCGGUCAUGAAGGCGCCAAUAUGUGGAUAGAAAAGUGUUUCAGGGCAUACGGAUGGUGCUAUCAAAGCUUGGAUACAGCGCCAACACGAAACAAGCUCAGUAAGAUCCAAUGCAUAAAGGAUACAUUUGAAUUUGGGCACAACACAGAUGUCAAUAGAGCGGAAUUAGAAGUAGACAUUGA